GAAACGAAGCGGGGCCGCCGUUGCCAGAGCAGCAUCAGCGGCCCGCCAGCAUCUCCUCGUCUUCCACCUCGCUGCCGCCGCCGCCGCCGCUGCCGCCAUCGCGGGCCGGGGAGUCGCGGAGCUCCGGGCAGGGGAGGCGCAGGGCCCCGGCGGCAGCGGCGGCGGCGGCUGCCAUGGAGCCCAAGCACAAAGAGCUGCUGGCCCAGUGUCAGCGGAGCCUGGCGCAGGCCAUGACCGAGGUGGAGCAGGUGAUCGCGUUGCUGGAGGCGGCCGCCGUGCUCGGCCCCCGCGACUUGCACCAGCUGCGGGAGGCCGGCCUGGGCCCGGCCGCCGCGGGAGAAGGCGGCGAGGGAGGCGGCGGCGGCGGCGGCGGCGGCUCGAGCGAGCCCAUCCCGGCCAGCGUGGCCAAGGCCGAGCUGUUGCUCCAGCUACUGCUGGCCAAGGAGCGGGACCACUUCCAGGAUUUGCGGGUGGCGCUGGAGAAGACCCAGCCUCACCUGCUCUCCAUCCUCUACCUGAACACCCAGGAGGUGCAGUCGGGAGAGUCGGCAGGAUCAACGUAUAGCGUUCUUUCCAUAAUGCCUUCGGAUUCCGAAAGCAGUAGUUCUUUGAGCAGUACUGGCACUACAGGCAAAGAGUCGUCACCCCCACCUGCAUCGGUGGAUGUGAGGCAGAUGAGUGAGAAAGUGGAGACCAUUUUGAUUCAGCUUCGCCAAGUGACCCGUGAAAGAGAUGAGCUCCGGAAACGUCUCGCCUUGUCCUCUCCCGGCUCAACCUUCGAUGACUGCAGGCCUAACCCCAAACCAAACCAUGAUUAUGAAAGAUUGAAGAUCCAGUGUAUGAAGGCCAUGUCGGAUCUACAAUCCCUACAGAACCAACACACCAAAACACUAAAGAGGUGUGAAGAAGCCGCUAAGGAAGCUGAUUUCUAUCAUACGUUACACAGCCGCCUGCUGAGCGACCAGUCCCAGCUGAAGGAGGACAUGGACACUCUGAAGAGGAAGAACAGCCAGUUUGUACGGGAGCACAACCACCUUCAGCAAUUGUGUGAGGAAAUGAAGAGGCUUCACGAGGAGGACCAGAAGGAAAUAACAAACUUACGCAGCCAACAACAACAGGUUAUGAAGCAGAAUGGGUCAUCGGAGAUCUUGAACAAGCUCUACGAUACCGCCAUGGAUAAGCUAGAAGUUGUGAAGAAGGACUACGAUGUACUAAGAAAACGGUACAAUGAAAAAAUAGCCAGUCACAAUAGUGACCUGAGCCGGUUAGAGCAAACUGAAGAAGAAAACAAACGACUCCAGAAACAGAUGGACAUGUUGAUGAAGCAGAGAGACACAGCGGUCCAUUUCCAGCAGCAAUGUUCUACUUCUCUGAGAAGAUUUGAGACCAUACAGCAGGAGCUGAGCAAAGCUACGGCCCAGAACAAGGAGCUGCAGAGGGAGAUGGAACGGCUGCAGUCAGAAGCCACGCGGUACAAAACGGUGCAGCUCAAGGCCGCCAAGGAUGCUGAGAAGUACAAGGAGGAGCGGGACUCGGUGUUCAGUGAGUAUCGCCUCAUCAUGAGCGAGAGGGAUCAGGUGAUCAAAGAAGUGGACAAACUUCAAACAGAGCUGGAGCUGGCGGAGUCGAAACUGAAAAACACGUCGUCAGAGAAGAAAGUGGCCAGCGAGGAAAUGGAAGCAUUAAGACAGGAGCUGAAUUCUGCUCUGGUGGAACGAGACCGAGCCAUCUGCGAAAGGAAUGAGCUCUUAGAAAAAUACUGCCACGAAGUGAAGGACAAGGCUGAGGCCCAGAAGGAGCUGGACCAGGCGUGUAAAGAUAUUGAGACCGUGAAGGAAGAGAGGGAUGUAGCCCGGAAGGAGAGGACGGAAGCCAUCAUCCAGAGGGACCAUCUGUUAAGAGAAUAUUAUCAAGCUCGCCAGAUACAAGAUUCGGCCACGCUGGAUAUAGAAAGAGCGAACAAAGAAAUUGAAAUGCUCCGGAAGCAAUACGAAGCCAUGUCGCAGGAGUUGAAAGAAGCAACUCAGGAGGCGGAAGUCGCCAAAUGCAGGCGAGACUGGGCGUUCCAGGAACGGGAUAAAAUCGUUUCGGAACGAGAGAGCAUACGGACUUUGUGCGAUAACCUGAGGCGGGAAAGAGACCGAGCUGUGAGUGACUUGGCGGAGGCGCUUCGUAAUCUGGAUGACAUGAGGAAGCAGAAGAAUGACGCCGGACGUGAAUUGAAGGAACUGAAAGAGAAGAUGGAGAAUCAGUUGGAAAAAGAAGCAAGAUUUCGACAGUUGAUGGCUCACAGCUCCCACGACUCAGCGAUUGAUACAGAUUCAAUGGAGUGGGAAACAGAAGUAGUAGAGUUUGAGAAAGACAGGGAAGACAUGGAUUUGAAGGCGCUUGGCUUUGAUGUGGCCGAAGGAGUGAAUGAACCCUACCUUCCUGGAGACUGUGGAAUUUUUGUUACCAAAGUCGACAAAGGAAGCAUUGCGGAUGGACGACUGAGGGUGAACGAUUGGCUGCUGAAGAUAAAUGAUGUGGACCUCACCAACAAAGACAAAAAGCAAGUGAUCAAAGCAGUCCUUAAUGGCGGAGGAGUGAUCAACAUGGUGGUUCGCCGAAGGAAGUCCUUAGGAGGGAAAGUGGUAACACCGCUGCACAUCAACCUUUCAGGCCAUAAAGACAGUGGAAUUGGUCUAGAAAAUGGAAUCUUUGUCGCCACCAUAAUGAGUGGCAGUCCAGCUGCCAAGGAGGGGUCGCUCACUGUGGGAGAUAGGAUCAUUGCUAUAAACGGCAUUGCACUAGAUAAUAAAUCACUGACCGAAUGUGAAGCUCUUCUGCGAAACUGCAGGGAGUCCCUUACACUUUCAUUGAUGAAGGUUUAUCCUCAAAGUUCAAGUUCCUCUUGGAGUGGUCAGAACAUAUUUGAAAACCUUAAGGAUUCGGAGAAGAUUUCCAAUGGCCGAGUCCAUGCAUCCGAAGUACAGGCUCAAAAUAAAAGAAACUUAAAGCACAACAGCUCAACCCAAACGGAUAUUUUCAACCCGGACAUAAUGGACGUCAAGAAGGAUCAGAGUGAUCAAGAGAACGGUGUGUACUGCAGCUUGAAACCGUUCUCUGGUAGCGUUUUACACAGCGACUCCCACCGGAACUCGGUCCACGAGUGCCACAGCAAUUCGGAACACAGCCUUGAAUCCUUCGGUCCAGAUGGCUAUGGAGACCCAAGUUACGGGAUAGUGAGCCUGGACAACCAGCGGCUUUCCUUCGAUCCCACCGUGGCAGACUGCAUUGUUCUGGAGAGUGCAUUGGACAAAGGAGCGGGCGGGAAGCACAGUGGUGGCACAUGGCCCAAAGUCGUAGUCAACCUUGCUCCGGCAGAAACGGAAAAAUUCUCAGUCUACAAAAAGCCCAAACAAAGAAAAUCCAUCUUUGACCCAGACACUUUCAAAAGACCUCUGACCCCUCCCAAAAUGGACUAUCUGUCUCCCAGUCCCAUGUUGGGACUGCCAGCCCAAACUUCAAAACCAGAAGCCAUCUCCACCCCUCCGACGCCUCCGACCAGAAGCGAUUCCAUUAAAUUUAAACACAAACAGCAGGCCAGUUCUGCCUCGGAGUCUACCGUGACAAUGGGCUCACCCCCUCCUAGUCCAGCUGCAGUCCAGCCCCCGCUUUCCUUCGAAUUGAAGCCAGAUUCUUGUCUUCUCAAGGGGAGAGGUAGACCCUCAGGACAUUAUUACAGGGAAGAGGGGAUAGACCCUGGACAUUUGCCCUCGAGAAAAUCCUGUGAAGAGGACCUUGGCUUUCAAAGAGUGGAAGAGCCUGAAAGUAAAAGACCGAGGCCCAAAUCUGCUCCCGCCUUCAGGCAUAAACUAACCCCCGUGCCCAUUCCCAAUCCAUCUCAACAGGUACAGAAAUACAUUCCAGCGAGUGAAGAGCUCCUGUCUCCAGAGGUACAAGAAUGGCCGACAUAUUCACCCAAACGGGCCAGUCGGCAUAGUGACGGUUUUGUGUCAGCCUCUUUAUACGCCGGAAGCUUGUCGGGAGGUACCAUCCCGAGAAACAUUGCGCCGUGCUCUGCUGUGACAGCUGUGAUGAGAAAUCCUGUUUACACGGCCUGGAGUCAUAGAAUUGCUACCACCAAUUGCUCAUUGGCAGCCAAUCAAUAUUGCCACCAACACUUGCAUCCCAGUACUCAACACCAAGGACAUCUCAGUUUGGAUCUGAGUCACAAGCACACCAGUGAAUGCUCUGAAAAUACACGCUCAAGAUCAUCCCAUGGUUCAAAUUCACUGCCUUCUAGUGCAAGACUGGUAGGUUCCUCCAGCAAUUUACAGUAUAGAACAGAACGAAUAAAAAUACCUUUGACCCCAAGGUACCUAAGGUCCAUCAUUGGUUCUGACAGAGGUUCCUUGUCUCAGUCCGAAUGCAGCAGUCCCAGCUUGGUAACUCCUCCCCAGUCACCCCUUAACUUGGAGACCUCCUCUUUUGCCAGUAGCCAAUCGCAAAAUUCUCUUUCCACCUUGCCCAGGAUUUCAGUGAGUCCGGUCUCGAUGGGGCAGUGCCGAAAAGACAAACCCUACAUGGAAGAGCCGCGCCAGGUCAAAGUGCAGAAAGGGGCUGAACCCCUAGGGAUCUCCAUUGUGUGCGGAGAAAAUGGCGGCAUAUUCGUCUCGAAAGUCACCGGUGGCAGCAUCGCCCAUCAGGCCGGCCUUGAAUAUGGUGAUCAGUUGUUAGAGUUUAACGGCAUCAACUUGCGGAAUGCUACGGAACAACAAGCUCGGCUGAUCAUUGGGCAGCAGUGUGACACCAUAACUAUUCUGGCACAGUACAACCCCCACAUGUUCCAGUUGGGCAAUCAUUCACGAUCAAGCUCCCGCCUGGAACCAGUGAGUAGUCAUUCCACUCCACAAAGCAGUGGAGCUCCAACUCCUGACAGCCAUUCCAUAAUUGACACUGUGAGCGAACAGGAUGAAGGGACCAUGACUCCUCCCUCCAAGGAGACCACGCCAACCACCAGUCCCCGCAAUUCAGUUAGGAGUUCUGUUGACACGAUUAAGAGGACACCUGAACCUAGAACGGUUAACAUCAGGAAAUUUCAAGCGGAGCUCGGAAUCCAAAUUGGUGGUGGGAACAUGCAUGGGAUAUUUGUCUCUGACCUAGAAGAGGAGAGCCCAGCCAAAGGAUCUGAAGGUCUAAUGCCAGGAGAUCUAAUACUGGAGUAUGGGUCCGUUGACAUGCGAAAUAAAACAGCGGAGGAAGCUUACCUUGAAAUGCUCAAACCAGCUGACACGAUUAGAAUAAAAGCUCAGUACAGAUUCGAAGAAUUCAACAGGAUCAAAGAUUUACCUGGAGAUGGUUUCUAUGUCAGGGCACUCUAUGACCGGCUAGCAGAAGUCGAGCAGGACUUGAGUUUUAAAAAAGAUGAUAUUUUGUAUGUCGAUGACACUCUGCCCCAGGGGAACUUUGGCUGUUGGAUGGCCUGGCAGCUGGAUGAGAACGCUCAGAAGCUGGAAAGAGGACAGAUCCCCAGCAAAUACAUAAUGGAGCAGGAAUUCUACAGGAGACACAGCAUGUCCGAAGCCAAAGAUGAGAACAGCUCCUCGAAGGCAACCUCGGCUGCGGCCCGCCGAUCCUUCUUCCGAAGGAAACACAAACACAAGCGAAGCGGGUCCAAAGAUGGGAAAGAUUUGCUGGCCCUGGACACCAUUAGCACGGACUCCAUUCCUUUCUUGGACGAUGCAGUAAGCCUGGCGUAUCAACGAGUCCAAAAGGUAGAUUGCACAUCUCCUAGACCAGUGCUUAUCCUUGGACCGUUACCGGAUGCAGUGAAAGAUAUGUUGGUCAAAGAAUCACCGGGGAAAUUUUGCAGGUGUCCUCUUGAGGUGAUGAAAGCUUCUCAGCAAGCUAUCGAACGGGGUGUGAAAGACUGCCUAUUCAUAGAUUAUAAACGUAGGAGCGGGCAUUUUGACGUGACAACUGUUGCUUCCAUAAAGGAGAUAACCGAGAAGGAUUGCCACUGUCUCUUGGACAUCGCACCUCAUGCCAUUGAGAGGCUGCACAGCAUUCACAUCUACCCAAUAGUCAUCUUUGUUCGCUACAAAAAUGCCAAGCAGAUCAAAGAGCAAAAGGAUCCCGUCUUCUUAAAAGACAAGGUGACCCAGAAACAUUCCAAAGAGCAGUUUGAGACGGCUCAGAAGAUAGAACAGGAAUAUAGCAAGUAUUUCACAGGUGUUGUCCAAGGAGGACCCCUUUCCACCAUUUGCACUCAGAUCAUGACCACGGUGGAUCAGGAGCAGAACAAAGUCCUGUGGAUUCCUGCCAGGGCCCCCUAAGAUCGAUGCGGUGAAAAAUACUGUUCACUUGCAACAGAUUGUAGCUAAGCAGCUGACGGGGGUAUGUGUCCAAUUUGUUAUAGUUUACCUAUGCAGUAGGUUCAAAAGCAUCACACAGGCCACGUCAUCUGCGAAGUCCGUUUGGAAAGCAGCGAUGCAGAAUUCUUCUCAUUUUUUUGUCUUGGCACGGAUGAUCAAAUCCAAGAGUCCUUUCCCCCCCCCCCCCCCCCGGGAGAAAAAAUAACGAAGACUUUGCGACGCUAAGCGAGAAAAAAAACAGAAAGAAAUCCUUUAGGUUAACGUUUACAAAACCCUUUUGACCUGCUCCCCAAGAUUGUUGGGUUUGUGUUUACUUGAAUUUUUGUUUAAAAAAAAAACACUUUUUUUGAGGUUCUCCUCCCUGGCCCUCCCUCCCUCCCAGCCCCCCCCCCCCCCGAUAACGGCGUGAGAAGUGGGGGGGUCUUCAAGGGCAGCCAUUUUCUGUCAGGAUGACAUGCAUGGAUUUUGUGGCGUGGGCUCUUCCCUAAAGGUACUUGAUGGGGUGGGGUGGGAGGCGAAAAAAAUUCCUCCAUGGGUCAGGCCACUGUGUGUGUGUCUGUCUGUCUGUCUGUGUGUGUGUGUGUGUGUGUGUGUGUGUGUGUGUGGGUCCAGUGUUCUUUGUCCAAAGUUACCGGUUUAUUUUAUGCAUGGAUUUUUGCUAUUUAAAUAUCAUGAUGUA